AGUCAACAGACAGCUAAGCUCGCGACAUCACAAAUGGCAACCGGGACAACUGAGCUUUGGCACCAACGACCACAACGAGCAGAGAAUCCAGUUGUAUUUUUCGAUGUCAAUAUUGGCGAGCAACCUGCGGGUCGGAUUAAAAUGGAGUUGUUUGCUGACAUCUGCCCGAAGACUGCUGAGAACUUUCGGCAGCUAUGCACGGGGGAAUAUCGGAAAAACGGACUACCAGUCGGGUAUAAAAACUGCACAUUUCAUCGUGUAAUCAAGGACUUUAUGAUCCAAGGAGGCGAUUUCAUCAAGGGUGACGGCACGGGCUGUGUCAGCAUCUACGGCAGCCGCUUCCCGGACGAGAACUUCAUCGCGAAGCACACCGGGCCAGGGCUGCUGUCGAUGGCGAACAGCGGGCCCAACAGUAACGGCUGCCAGUUCUUCAUUACGUGCUCCAAGACCGAGUGGCUGGACAACAAGCAUGUGGUGUUCGGGCGAGUCAUUGACGACGGGCUGUUGUUGGUGCGCAAGCUGGAGAACGUGCUCACAGACAAGCAAACUAACCGGCCGCGACUGCCGUGCAUCAUCAAGGAAUGUGGGGAGAUGUAGACGAGCUUAGAGAGGAAAUUGCGUAUGCGCGUCCCGAAAAGGGGAUGUCCAGGGGUCAAAACCUUGAAUGGGUGUAGGGUGCGUCGUAGGGAACGAACUUCUGGAUUUGCGGAACUCAAGUUGAGGGAAAGGGAGGAAAGGGGAGAUGGAAAGGAGCGGAUGGUGGGCUGGUAAGAUGAAAGUGGCUUUUGGACAGCUGGCCGUAUAUGCCGGUAAACCUCGCGCGAUGGUUGUAAGGGUCAUGCUUCCACUUUGUGUGACCAUGGAUUACUGAUCUACCGUAUGGAAUGGAAGGAGUGAUGGGUUGUAAUGUGAUGAAGUGAUUGAUGGUUUGUAAAAGUGUCCUUCGGUUGCAAUGCCUUGAACACGAUGGGAGUACCAUGAGACAUGGACUGUCAAUCAACAAUUCCUUAGGCACAUCACAAUAUGAUUAGUAGCUAUAGUUUGCAGUGAGGCGUAUGUAAUUAAAACACUAG